AUGCCGCCUAGCAAUACCAUCAGAACAGCCGACUCUGGAUUCAGGGACGAUGAUGCCUCCGGAUCAUCUAAAUCAACCCAAGAUUUGAGUGCCGAUCACCCGCUCGCUAGGAAAGGGUACGAAAUAGGGACCGCGGAGGGCCUCCAGGUCGGAGACGUGUUUGAGUUCCUCUGGGCGGACUCUAAUGAGUUCGAGUGGGAAUGGAAAUGCCUCGGAUAUGUUCGCUUCAUCGUUCUGAGACAUAGCGACACAUUCCCCCAUCAUGCGGUGUGCAUCCCUAUAUCAGUCGGCAGCAGGCACAAAUUUGCAAAACCUGGUAUAGACUCCAGCCAGCAAGGAUUCAUCUUUGACGACGACUGCCCGGACCAGUGGCGUGAGAAGCUGGAGGAGCGCAACACCCUGCAUUUCCCGCCCGUCGGCAUCGAGCUGAACAAGGGCAAGUUCCGGGUCAAGGACGACUCGCGCGCCAACUAUGCAGACAUCAUCGAGGUCGACCACGACUCGCAGGUCAUUGUGGUUGGAACCGUGGUGCGGUACUUUGAUCGCCUGCGACGGAGCGUCAACAAGGCGGUCAUGCGCAACAUCCUGAAAAAGGCCCUGUCCGACUACCGCUCAAAGAGGGACAGCGAGAAGGCGCCCAAGAUCGAGCCCUCGGUCGUCGGCGAGCCGGACGAGGACGAGGCCGAGGAGCCGGACAACCAGUACACCCAUGAGCGGCCUGAGUCGAGAGCCGAGUCCCGCCCGGAAGUAGAGGCAUCGACCCCGCGGGAGCGACCUGCCAAGCCAUCCGCUGCGGACCAGGAGAAGAGAGACGAUGUAAGGGCCACCACCUCCACCAUGAAGCUUCCUCAAUCCAAGGCACGGAAGAAGAGCACCGUCGAGUCAUCUGAGUCAAGGCCCAAGAUGGACGACGCUCGAUCUAUGAGAAAAUCCAGCUACGAGACUUUGGCAUCAUAUAAUAACGUUGCAUUGGCAGGACGAAAGAGUAGCUAG